UUUUUCUGUUUUGAUAGAGGUUGAGAAGGAGACGAGAAAGCUUCUUCAGAUGGCUGUACAAAGGAGGAGGAGAUUAAGAGCAACAAUGCACAACUUGAUCGUAGGCUCUCCAAAAGAAGGCAACGAAACGACAGUAUCUUUGACGGACAACUUGAUGGGUCUGCUACGAGUUCAUGUCAAACGGGGUGUAAACCUUGCUGUUCGGGAUGUCCGAACCAGCGACCCUUACGUUGUUGUUAAGAUGGGCCACCAGAGACUCAAGACUCGUAUGGUAAAGAAGGAUGUAAAUCCCGAGUGGAAUGACGAUUUAACUCUGUCCAUUACAGAUCCUAAUAUUCCAAUCACGCUGACUGUGUACGACCAUGACACAUUUACUAAGGAUGACAAAAUGGGAGACACUGAAUUUGAGGUUAGCCCAUAUAUAGAAGCCUUGAAAACACAUACCAAUUUGGAUGAAAUCCCAAGUAAAACCGUGCUAUCAAGAGUACAACCAAACGCCUCCAAUUGCCUAGCCGAGGAGAGUCUCAUAUACUUGUACGAAGGGAAGAUCGUCCAAGACCUUGUCCUCCGAUUACAAAACGUCGAGUGUGGUGAAGUGGAAAUUCAACUCGAAUGGAUUCACUUUCCUGGAUCUAAAGCCUUCCUAAGUCAAUGAAUGUUUGUUUUGUCUGUCUUCUAUUUAUUCCCCACGUUUCCACAAUUGGACGCCUUCUCACUUUGCUGCUU